AUGGUUGGCUUUAUUGACCCUGCUCAAGUUAGUGCCAACGCUGGGUCACUAACUGACAGAUCACAAAUUAUAGCCAGUCGACUUCAGAAGACAGAUGGUGAACAGAUUUUCAUGAUGCCUUACAAUCCAAGCCGUCAUUGGGUCUUGCUGAUUGUGAGAGCAAAGAAGGAAACCGUCUAUUUUCUGGAUCCUCUGCCCGAAAUCGUGUGGUUAAUGAGGAGGCCAAAAACAUGGUGA